AUGGAAUUCUGUUCAUAUCUCUAUCUAUCUAUCUAUCUAUUUUUUAUCUAUCUAUCUAUUAGUUUGUUCAUAUCUAUGUCUGUUCAUAUCUAUCUAUCUACCUCAUACUAUCAUUUUUCUAUCUAUCUAUCUAUCUUUCUUCGUCUAGCCUAUUACAAUAAACGUUCAACCAUCACAGCCGUGAAGUUCAGACCGCGAUCCGUCUUCUUUUGCCCGGAGAAUUGGCUAAACAUGCCGUUUCUGAAGGAACCAAGGUUGUUACCAAAUACACCAGCACCAAGAAGCAUUGGAAUUUUAUAUAAAUAUAUAAAUUUUCCCCUCCCUUUCCUUCUUUCUCUCAUUGUCUCUCUCAAUUCUUUCUUCCUCUCUCUCUCUCUAUCUAUCUAUCUAUCUCUUCAUUUUCCCACUCUUUUUCGUCUUUUUGCCUGUACAUCUCCCCACGUCACCUUCUCUUAA